AUGCCUUUCCGUGAUGAGGACUGGGAAGAGUGGCAGCGCGACUGUGACAUAUUUCCAGCCUAUAGUGAUUAUCUACUCGGCCCAGAUCUACGCCUCGUGGUCGCUCAAGAGCCUGGUCUGCAUCCUUUGAUCUAUCCAACGCCAAUACUGCAACCGAUCCAGGACACUCGCAACGUACGGUCGCGAUCUCAGAUAUGCCGACCGAUGACUAGAUCGGGCCUAGCAACAGAUACUCUUACUAGGCGUCAAUCUGCAUUACAUAGGGGAGCAUUCGAUGACUGCCUCGGAAACGACAGCAGCAAUCAGACGAGGGCACUAAUCGAUCAGCCAAGUUUUCUGCGGCAUCCUCGUACUCUUUCAGAAAUACAUGAACAAAGCCGACAGCAGCUCCAUACACUGAUACAGACGCAGUCACACUCUGCCGCUGUCUUGGAGCAAUCCUGUAUUCCCUUUUCUUCAGAACAAGCAUCGCGAGUGGAUAUGCUUCAGCCCAAUGACAUAGUCCAUGACCCGCGAUAUCAGUGCAUUCAGCCCGAGACGCGCAACCAGAUCAGACGUUACCUCUCUGGGCUCUGGCAUAUUGCGAAAAAUUCUACCGAUACGGGAAAAAAGGCCAAGGCGCUUGCGGAUAUCCACAACUUCAGCACAAGAGUUCUUGAACGAGUCAAAAGCACAAAGGCAAAUAAAGGCCAACAUUCGCCUCCUCAUACACCCGCCCGCAACAAACCUGAACAAAAUGACCAACGAUUGCGCCCUACGAGCACACAGCUCUUGCACCAGCAAUCAGUACAAUCCCAAGCACAAGUAGUUGAAGAUAAUCAUCCCUCGCAAUUGGAACCUCAAUUGGCAUGGCAGCCUCCAGCUUUGCCGCACACCGAGAUCGUCGCCCCUCAGGCUUCCGCUCAGCUGCGUGUGAGCAUCAAUCGUUACGUCCCUCAGGUCUGGUACUGUCUUCGAAUCACUGGAAAUAAAUUCGAGCCUAUAUCCGCCGAUGAUCUACAUAGAAGGAAUCGUGCGCAACAAUGGCUCACGUCGUUUAAGAUGACUCUGCCUGUUGAGGGUCGCACCUACAUUUCAGGGGUUCUCAGGUGGAUGUACAGUGAACAGGCUGCCGGAAGAGAUCCGUUGGUAUCUAUUGGGUACCAGACCUAGCAUUGGUUCAGGUGUAAACAUGGGACAUGCGAACUGGACAGG